GAUUGGUUGAUUUCUUGCGAUACCGCCCAACAAACGCUUUGCUUCCGCUUGCGUGGAGGGUUUUGCCCUUUGUAAAGAUGGCCGCGGAGGCUUUUGGAGCCAACUGGAAGCGUAGUGCGCGUUUUCCGGAGCGUGAGCAGAGAGGACAGGAACAGGCGCAGCAUUCGUGGGCACCGAUUGGCUGAAGCGAGAAGCAGCCCAGCCGCUGACUGGCUCGGUCAUUCGCGGGAAGGAGUUCGUGGCGCCAGAAAAAAGUAUCCAGAGCCGCGGAGUAGCGCGAGUUCUGGGUUGUUCCGCAACUUGCCGAGAUCCGAACCUUCUCGCCCUCUUUGCGGAGAAUCGAGACCAAGAUGUGGAACAGUGGAUUCGAAAGCUAUGGCAGCUCCAACUACGGGGGAGCUGGCGGCUACACGCAGUCCCCGGGGGGCUUUGGAUCGCCCGGACCUUCUCAGGCCGAAAAGAAAUCAAGAGCCCGAGCCCAGCACAUUGUGCCCUGUACUAUAUCUCAGCUGCUUUCUGCCACUUUGGUUGAUGAAGUGUUCAGAAUUGGGAAUGUUGAGAUUUCACAGGUCACUAUUGUGGGGAUCAUCAGACAUACAGAGAAGGCUCCAACCAACAUUGUUUACAAAAUAGAUGACAUGACAGCUCCACCCAUGGAUGUUCGCCAGUGGGUUGACACAGAUCCCUCAGCAGGGAGAGCACCUAUCAGCAAUCCAGGAAUGAGUGAAGCAGGGAACUUUGGUGGGAAUAGCUUUAUGCCAGCAAAUGGCCUCACUGUGGCCCAAAACCAGGUGCUGAAUUUGAUUAAGGCUUGUCCAAGACCUGAAGGGUUGAACUUUCAAGAUCUCAAGAACCAGCUGAAACACAUGUCUGUACCCUCAAUCAAGCAAGCUGUGGAUUUUCUGAGCAAUGAGGGGCACAUCUAUUCUACUGUGGAUGAUGAUCAUUUUAAAUCCACAGAUGCAGAAUAACUGGAUCUAAUUGGGUACCUGAGAUAUUUUACAGCUGGACCUAGUUUCACAGUCUCUUGUCUCCAGCUCUGCAUACAUUGAGCCAGGUGGCUUCUAGGAAGUAGGUUUCAUGUCUAAAAGGUCUCUACUGACGUCCUUUUGAAACAUACUGCUCUUCUGUUUUAUUUUGUUUUGUUUGAAGCUCAGAGGGAGAUGGACAAUUGACAGGGAUGCAAUCCAGGAUGGCAUUUCUUGAGGAAGCUACAAAUAAGCUUGUUACAACAUCAAGAUAAUGGAAUCGGAAGGACGCUACCAGGAGAGUACUUACAUAGUGUUUGGGGGUUUCUCUUUUUAAAGUUUUUCCUGCUGCUGAAAGAAGAUGAGCAGGACCAGGGCCUUGUAGGCAGAGCCCUAACUGAGUAACCUGCUAGCCUCUGCCUGUUUCUGUCCCACUUUGGUUGUGUGGCAUUACUUUCAGAAUUGCACUUUCCUGCUUGUCGUGACUGCUGCUUGUCAUGACCGUAUGUUUCUGUGAACACGAAGUUCUGUGGUGGUGCCUCCAGGGGCAGAGGAAAGGAAGUGUUACUGCGUUUUGUACAAAAUAAGUACAUUCAUAUGUUUAAUAAAACAGUUCGAUUGUAGUAACUUGUAAAAA